GAGAUCGUCUCUAGAGCAACGCAAGCGUGACCGUUUGUUGACUGCGAGCUAUAUGUCACGCGAUAGUACUGUGACUGUUUUUUUUUUGUUGACUUCCAGUUCUCCUUUGACAAAGUAUUAAUUUAAGACGACCCAAAGUAAAUGUUUGCUCGGCAAAUAUUUUAUAGGUUAAUGGAGAUCAUUGAAUACCACUGGGACGUGUUUCAGUCAUACUGAAGGUGAUGUAAACGCAAACGUUUCGUUUUGCUAAAGCUAGCAUACUUGAGGUUUAUAUUAGGUGCCUGUAUACAUACUGUAUUAUAAGGAAGGGGGCUCUUUGACACAUCAGACAUUUGAACUCUCUAAUUAAGAAGAAACAUUGAGUUACUGAAGAAUGUCUAACAACAGGGAUGCAAAUGAGAGCACCCCUCUGUUGGACUCUGGGAACAGACCUCCACCACAACCAUCAGUUUUCCAGGGAAGAAGACUAGCAUGUGCAGCCAUCCUGCUGGCUGAAUCUUUAGAAAGGAUUGCUUUCUAUGGCAUCACAUCCAAUCUAGUCCUUUUUCUCAAUGGUAGUCCCUUUUAUUGGCAGGGCACUCAGGCGAGCCAGGCAUCUCUGAUGUUCAUGGGAGUUACUUACCUGAUUUCACCAUUUGGAGGCUGGUUAGCGGAUGCAUACCUUGGGAAAUUCUGGACUAUUGCUUCAAGUUUAAUCCUAUAUUUUCUUGGCAUGCUAUUUUUCCCUUUCAUCUCAAAUGAAGACACCAGGACACAUCUAUGUGGAGAAGAGGGGGCAUUUCCUGUGCAACCUGCUGAAUGUCUGAGCACAAACAGUACCCCUGCAACCAACGUAAUCUGCCCCAUCCGCGCCCCAUAUUGUGGCCCAGUAGUCUACAGUGGCCUUUUUUUAAUUGCAUUAGGAGUGGGAACCGUGAAGUCCAACAUCACUCCAUUCGGGGCAGAUCAGGUCAAAGACAGAGGACCCGAGGCCACGCGCAGAUUCUUCAACUGGUUCUACUGGUGCAUCAAUUUAGGAGCUAUCCUGUCUCUGGGAUGUGUGGCCUACAUCCAGCAGAACUACAAUUUUUGGGUUGGCUACAUCAUCCCCACCGUGUGCCUCGGGAUAUCCUUCAUGGUCUUUCUCCUGGGCCGUACUGUCUUCAUCAACAAACCCGCUGAUGGCAGCGCCUUCACAGAUAUGUUCAGGAUCCUGGGCUAUGCAUGCUGCUCUAAGAAACCAAAGGAGCCGAACCUUCUCCGCAAUAGGCCAACACUGCUAGACAGUGCCAAAGUAUCCUAUGGAGGAAAAUAUCCAGAAGAGAAAGUGGAGGAAGUGAAAUCCCUGGUGAAAGUCCUCCCAGUUUUCUUUGCUCUUAUUCCAUACUGGACUGUUUACUUCCAGAUGCAGACAACGUACAUCCUGCAGGGCCUCCAUCUGAGGAUUCCUGAUAGUACGUCAAACAACACCUCUGGCUCCAAGGUGACGUUCCGCUUCCCUGCAGCCUGGCUCACCAUGUUUGACGCAGUGCUCAUCCUCAUGCUGAUUCCCCUUAAGGACAAAGUGGUGGACCCCAUCCUGAAGCGCCGCGGCCUGCUGCCUUCCUCUCUGAAGAGGAUUGCAGUGGGGAUGUUCUUUGUUAUGUUUUCGGCCGUGGCGGCGGGUAUUUUGGAGACAAAACGCCUGGAGAUAAUCAAAUCAAAGGGUACCAUUGACCAGGUGCUUGGCAAUGUUACCUACCACGCUGCAGAUUUACCCAUAUGGUGGCAAGUGCCUCAAUAUGUGCUGAUAGGAAUCAGCGAAGUCUUUGCCAGCAUUGCAGGUUUGGAGUUUGCCUAUGCUGCCGCCCCCAAGUCCAUGCAGAGUGCCAUCAUGGGACUUUUCUUUUUCUUCUCUGGGAUUGGCUCCUUCGUGGGCUCCGGUUUGUUGGCUAUUGUCUCCCUCAAGGCGAUUGGAUGGAUGUCAUCUCACAAAGACUUUGGUAACAUCAACGACUGCUCUCUGCACUAUUAUUUCUUCCUCCUGGCAGGGAUCCAGGGUGUCACCUUGCUGGUCUUUCUUAUCAUCUCUUUUAAGUAUGACAAGCAGCGGGCUCGAACAGGAAGCCAAAGGCAGAGACACACUUCUUCUUGACCGGUGCACGUCCCCAUUUCGUUUUCACCAAACCUGCCUUCUCCAUUCAUAUCGCUCAGUGCCCAAGGAUCCUGUCAAAUGGGUAUUUCUAAUUUAAUCCCACUAGUUUGGUUCACCUUCCAGUUGCAAAUUAUGUCAUGACUAUAUUUGGUAUUUAUGUUUACUCAAGCUUUUAAGAGGAGACUCUCAUUUAUCUAUCACUGGAUACCACUGAAAGUAAAGAGAUUUAUUCAGGAGCUAUGUUUGAAUCUUUUUUCUACUCCUUUACUCCUGUGUGUUUACUCUUGUUGCCUUUUUGUUGAUCAUUUGCACUUUUGGAGUGGUGCCAUAAAACAAAUGUGAUAUCUAGAUAUGUUCUAAUCAUGAAAAAUGCUCAGUUGUUUUUAUAGUUAUAUUUUUACGGUUUUCUUUUCUAACAGUCUUUAUUUUGACUUCUGCUAACAAUUUGACUGAGCCUGGUAUGAUGAUGAUUCAAAUGACUUCAAAACUCACAUCCAGUCUGAAAUGUGUGUAUUAAAGGUACUUACAUUAUUUUUUUGAUAAAAAUUGUGCCUUUUUCGCUUUUUGAUAGCUUCAUGCAGUUCUAACUCCGACGCUAGUUGUAUGUUCUUGGCGUUUUCUUGAAACCAUUGCUAUUAAUGACAGAAUAGGGCUUUGUUUGAAGAGAUUCUAUUAAUACACUGUAAUUUAAGUAAUCUAUUAUUCACAUCUAAUAUUGAGAGAAAAGAAUCUACCACAUUUGUUACCAGUGCCUGUGAUUACAUAUUGUAAAUCCCUUCCAUAAAUCUGCUUUAAUUCCUCAAACAGAACCAUACACAUAAAAUAUUGAAAACUCCCCGUGAUAAAAAUACCUCCAUGAAGCUUCACAGCACUUUUUUGCAUUUCCGGCCAUGCUGCAUGUCCGUUUGACAUUCAACUAAUAGAAAUGAACCCUAAGCUUAAGAGGCCACCUUGAGUCUAGCUCUUAAAAUAUCCCCUGCAUCACCUGCUGGGAUUAAAAUAAAAAGGAGUGUGUGUUUUAUACAAGCGAAAUACAAAUAAUUUUCACCUUCCCUAUAUUUAGAAUCAGGGAUGUUUAACAGUGUUAUCAUGGCUUUGCUGGGAAACCUUGAAAAAUUGGUAUUGUUGUUGUUGUUGUUGUUAUUAGACUGAUGCUUUUGUUUUGCUUAACAUUGCUUAGAAAAAUGAUUGUGUUCUCUUCAUACUUUUCAGAAUAUGUAUAGAGCAAAAGGUACUGCAUUUUCUGAACAACAACAAAACUCUCAGGACUCAGACUCACAUAACUCUCCAGGAAUGAUACAAUUGCCUCUUGGAGCACAGAACCGUGUUUACCCUGUGGUGUAAAUAAAGUACAAUUUGUAACAGCACAUAAAACGCUAAAAGCUCACUCCUGUUGGUGAUUUUAGUUUGUGUUGAAGGGUUCGGAUAAA